UCUACCGUGCACGGCUCGAGUUGAAUGGCUUCGUGGUGUUUCGUUGACUCGCCGAUGUGCUUUUAAUAUGUUUCUGUCUGUUUCUACACGUUUGCUAAAGUUUUAAAAGUUUCGUGUUUGAAGUCAGAGUGCCUAAUGCUGCUUUAAAUUAUUGUCUGCUGGUUUUCAUCACCCCAAGAGGCACGAGAGCGAUGUAGCCAGAUCUGCCAUAAAAGCAAGUUAUGGUCCCAGGCUACUAGGGCUGCGUGGAGCUCGGACCUUGCGAUGUUCGCCAAUUGGGACAAGGAGACAUCGUCUGUAGAUUGCCAGACGAGGCAUGUGGACAAUUUCGAGGAGGUGUCAUUACUGGAAUUGGCCUCAGUGAUUCAGCCACAGCAGUGACCUGCUGAGAUGGCAGCCCACUUGUGCCUGGAGGAAGCAGAAGUCGUACGAUUGGUGCUGGAGUUUCUGGCCAAUCGGGAGCUGAGCAUCAGCCAGUUGGCAUUGGAGCGUGAAUCUGGUGUCAUUAAUGAUGCCCUCUCUGAUGACCUGCUUUUCUUGCGGCAACUUAUACUGGAUGGCCAGUGGGAUGAUGCCCUUGACUUUGUGCAACCCCUUGAAGACAUGGAAGCCUUCGACAUCAAGCGUUUCAAAUUCUCUGUGCUAAAGCACAAGUUCCUCGAGCUGCUGUGCAUCCGAUCUGAGGCUGGGCUGGUGCAGAGCGCUGAGCUGGGUGUGGACGAAAUGGUGGCCUGCCUUGGGGCCCUGGAGCAGUGCAGCCCCUCACGCGAACACUACAACCAGCUCUGUCUGCUACUUACCUUUCCCCGACUCUGUGAUCAUCUUGACUACAAGCACUGGAAUCCCAGCAAUGCCCGAAUCAACUGCUUCAGAGAGGUACUGCCACUUGUGGAGAAGCUGCUGCCAUCUCCAGUAAAGUCCCCUGUGUCAGUUCAGCGUACGUCGUCUGGUGACCGUCUUGUCCAGUUGCUCAUUAAGGGCAUCUUGUACGAAUCCUGCGUUAACCUCUGCCAGAAGAAGGCAACCCUUCCACCAAGCAGCGCUCGGGAUGAUGAGUUUCACUUUGCCGAACUCCUGGGAAAUGCCGAUGCCGAUCUCAGCCUGUUCUCGUGGCUUCAGUGCCUCCCGCCAGAAGUGUUCUCUUACCCAUUUGAACAGAAAGUGCUUAAUGUUGACAUCCGGCAGUUAGUUAAGCCGUUCCUUGAAGCAUCCUGGACAGAGCAGAUUCUGGCAACGCCAAUCAAGCCACGUGUCUUCCCACACUCUGCUGUUCCACGCACCCCAAUGAGCCGUUCGCUCAUAAUGGCUAGCAUGGAAGGCGGCCUUUUUUCUGCAGGCAGUCAUCCAGCCCUCAGUGGUUGUGCCAAGAUGGCCCUUUCAAUGGCAGACCUGUCCUCAUCCAUGUCACGGUCAUUUGGGGCCUUCCAUCUUACAGGGAAAAAGCUGAUGAAUACAUCUGUUGACCGGCUCUUUGAAGUGGGUGAUGUGUUCAGCACAAGCUGCACGGACAUUCGGACAGGCACUUUGCCCGAUUUGCUCAAGGAGGAAGAGGAAGAGAACAAGGAUGGCAAUGAAAGUAAAGCCAGCGAUGCAGACAAAUCUCAGUUUUGGAAAGAAUUCCAACGUCUCAGGAGGAACCUUCAUCACCAUCUGGAUACAGCUAUGGCAAUGUCACCAGUGGUGGUUGAGAGUGACAAAAGGACGUCAAACUCAGUGGUAGCAGUUCCAUCUUCACCAGCACGAACACCUACACCUACUUCUGCCCCAACAAGUGCCACUACCUCUGCGCCUUCACGCACAAAAUCUGCUGCUGAAGUAACACUUGUAUCCCCAGCAGUAACGCCAAUUGGUCAAACAACACAGAAAGGUAGUGUAAAAUUUACGACAAGCACACCACGGAAUCCAAGGACAGCACCUACACAUGUGACAACAGUUACGAUAGAUGGAGUGGUGAAGAACCUCUCUGAAGAUCUCCGGUCCACUGACAGCUUUCCAGAACACAGUGAUUCAAGCGUUCAUUCGGACACGAGGUCAAUAAGCGCCCAGUCUCGGUCAUCAGGACAGCCUUCGAGUGCUGGAUCAGCAAGAGUCCUCAUCAACACAUACUCUGCAAAUCAUGGAAGCCAAAACCAGCAGCAGCAGCAGCAGGCAGCACAUGCGACUGAUGAGCCACGAAAGCCAAAGUUUGUGCAGGUCACCAACUUGGAGGAUGCCCAGGUGGUGCGUGCCUGCGACUUCCAUCCUAGUGGACAGUUCUAUGCUGUUGGCUCCAACUCCAAAACGCUUCGCAUAUGUGGCUACCCAACCAUCACUGACCUCAGGGAAGGAGACGUGGCCCACCAGCCCACUGUGCUGUUCAAGCGACUGAAGCACCACAAGGGCUCUAUCUAUUGCCUGGCUUGGAACCAGACUGGGGACCUCUUGGCGACCGGCUCCAAUGACAAGACAAUCAAGCUGAUGCGCUUCAAGUCUGAGACAUGUGCCCUUGACACUGGUGGAGAGGCAGAGCUGACGAUGCAUGAUGGUACUGUCCGUGACGUCUGCUUUGUGGAGGACCUAAGCAACAGGUCAAGCCUGCUUAUCAGUGGUGGAGCAGGAGACUGCAAGAUCUACGUCACUGACUGCGAGACUGCCACGCCUUUCCAGGCAUUGUCUGGUCACUCGGGUCAUGUUCUGUCCUUGUACACAUGGGGAGGAGCCAUGUUUGUGAGUGGCUCUCAAGACAGGACCAUCCGCUUCUGGGAUCUGCGCACCAGAGGCUGUGUCAACCUAGUGACUGCACCACCAGCAAGCGGAAGUGGCCCUGGGAGCCCAGUGGCUGCUGUGGCUGUGGAUCCUUCUGGGCGCAUGCUGGUCUCGGGCCACGAGGAUGCCACUUGCAUGCUGUACGACAUACGAGGUGGCCGCACCAUCCAGACGUUCCGACCUCAUUCGUCUGACCUGCGGUCUGUGCGCUUCUCACCACGAGCUUACUACUUGUUGACGGCAUCAUAUGACCGCAAAUGCGUCCUCACCGAUCUGCAAGGUGACCUGACGCAGCCUUUGCCCAGCGUGGUAGUCGCAGAGCAUGCAGACAAGGUCAUCCAGGCCCGCUGGCACCCCAGUGACUUCUCUUUUGUCAGCACCAGCGCUGACAAGACAGCCGUCCUCUGGGCCCUGCCAGUCAACUGAAGGGCUCCCCCAUCCCACAAUUGAAACACCCUCCAUCGGGUGUGGGUGCUCGGACUCUAGGCCCUGUGAUAAACCUCGCUAACCCUGUCUCUGCCCCGCCUCCUCCCUCACUUUUUAGUUUAUUUUCACCAACUUUGCAUUGAUGCCCAUCCCGCCAUAACUCUUACUUUCUGGCCUGUCCAUGUUUUUAUCUGGAAGCCCAGUUGGUCAUUGAAUUGUCGUUACUUUGUCUUGCAGGUUGCGCACUGCUAGUGUUAUGAUCAAAUCAAAAUGCAUGUUUUUUGCAACUGUGGCGAUAUGCUAAUAUCAUCUUUGCUUUAUCACUGACUGCCACACUUCUGUGUGUAGACAUGUUGCUGAUUACGUGUUCGUUCAACUCGCAGCUCUUUCCUUGAGCAUGUCCACCUGUGUCAGAACAGUCGUAUUUGUUCUGUGUUAUUAUGUGCUAUGGAAGGCUAUUUUUAAGAGCUUUGGUAGCAUCAUCUAGUUCGUUAUUAAAGUUUUUAAAAAUGUGCUUCAUUUGUGCCCAGAAGAUUGUUUAAUGUAUGUUCAUACUGCAAAACAGCGGGCAUGAGCUAGAGAAUGAGCUGAAAGUGUCCAUCCAUAUACAAGAAUUUCAAACACUUCUCAUAAAACAUAAAAAGUUGCAUGGUGGUAUGGGGAACUCGAAUCCAAUUUCAUAGCUUGUGGUUCAAGAAAAUUAAACAAAGAUAUUUGACAAAGACAAAGCAUCAUUGUGUUCAAUGAGUAUUCAAGCCUUUUGCAUUUCCUUAAAUGUUAUCUUUUUUCGAAAAUGAUAUAUACAAACUUGAGCAGCAGUGAUGGUUUUGCAAGAUAUGGCGUAGGUGCUGGGAGGCUCCAUAUGUAAGGUGGCUCUCUAAGAUGGCGCAGAAACUGGAAAAUAAUCGGAACCGUAUGUGAUGUGUUUCAUCAGAACAGUAUGAGAGUACCGCCUGCAGUGUGUUCUCAAGAUUAUGUGGGAGUCUAAGCAUAUUGAGGAGUUAGGGGCCUGUACCGGCUGCUCACAGUAAUCCAUGAAAGGAAUACUAAACUGAAACACUGAAUCAUUUUAAACUGAUGAGGUAUGUUUUAAAAAUUUCUUUUCAUUAAUUUUGCAAUAAUAUGUUGAUUACUGUCAAACCUCAUUAUAAUGAAGUCGCAGCUUCCACAAAAAUUACUUUUAACUUAGGCUGCUCUUAAAAAAAUGGCCAUGUCAAGCAUAUGAGAGCUGGGUGUUCACAAUAGUAGUUAUGGCAAAAAGCAAAUGAUUGCAUGCUCAAGUGCUUUAUUGUUCUGUGAGAAAGAAUGUGUCCGAGCAUUGUGCAGGCAUGGCACCUCACCACCUUUCUCAUAUGGGCAUGCCAAGCACUAAUUUUAUAAAUUAUCACUUUCCUAACGCCACCUGCUGAAUCUGUCCAUCCUGUAGCUGUGCAACUGUGAUUAACAGCGUUUGCACCUAAAAGCCUUAAAUGUGUCUGCAAAAUUUAAAGCCUUCUUAAAGCUUCGAGAAGCAAACUCACCUGCACUGCUGUUCAUCUUGAAGAGAAUAUAGAUUCUGCUAAGAGGGAACUGCGCUGAAUUAAAUAUAUCUUAAGAUAUUCUUAACACUUGGGCACAUAUAUUAUUUUACCAUUGCAAUUUCAUAGGCUGUUUGCACUGUUAUUGGAAAGUCAUGAAUGGUACCAGCAGUGGAACUGACAUUGCUGCAGGCCUUAUUUUGUUUCCUUCAUUUGGCAGUGUUUUCAUUUCCUUAAUGUCGACUUUUGUGUCACUGUAGCCUUUGGCCAAAAAGCACAGCUAUUCAUCGCGCACACCGGCAUUUUGGCAUUUCAUGAUCUGCCAGCAAUAUUGUGGUGAGUCUCAACUGGUGUUGUAGUCGCAACUGGUAUUGUAGACGCAGUAUUUUCUCAAACUGGUGACUUUUUUUGCACAUACGCCCACCCCGCCACAUACAUUGCAAACAUGGUCAAUUUUCAAUGCACAUAUUUACUCGGCUAUCUGUGUGUCUUUCCCUUUCCUUUUCCUCUAUUUUUUUAACUAUGCUGCUGCAUAUAGUUUUGAUGGCAAUGCUUGCAGUUUUCAUACCUGCUGUAAGUCUAAUUUUGAACUUAGCUACUAACUAGCAGAAGUGCUGACAGUAACAUCGCAUGCAUAUGAGAGGCCUUUAAUAGUACAGGCUACAGAACAGUAGAGGAAGACAAUGUUCAUUUGCUAGGAGAAGAAGCAGAAUCCACUGCUACUGAUGCACUAUGAUUACAAUAUUCCAUGAUUUUGCCUUGUAAUCUGUCACAUAAUGUUUAUGAAUAGUGGUGCAUAUAAGGUGCAUGUCUAUCCUACUGCAGGGCUGAAGGAAAGUCAUCUUGAUCACUGGUCACUUCUAUAAAGCUUUCAUCGAUGCCAAUUUACAAGGCUAGAAAUAGCGUUGGAAAGUUUGCAUUUGAGCCAUGUUGUCUGUAGCUGCGCCCUAAAUCCUUUCUGUUUCUGGUCGUCUGCUAAAACCAAAAGAUGUUUCACAAGUGCCUUGUGACACUACUGUGUGUGAAUGCCACUCGGAACACCCUUUGGUGGGUUCUGUAACGGCCAUUACUGCGGAAGAAGUCAGCAUGUCCAGUUUUAGUAAUGUUGGUGGGCAAUAUUCGAGGUUAUCGGUGGGCCAGCAGCGUUCCACUUCAGCAUUUUGUGUUUUAUGAACUAGAAUAGUUAGGGAAGUAUCACCAUGGUGCGCAACCUUGCAAGUACACGAUAUCUAAAAUUUUUAAACAAGGUCAGUGCUGCUCAGGAGUAAUACCUUGGGUAACCUACUUAAGGAGUGGCCCUCCAUACUAUUUUUAACCGCGGUACAUCUGAGAUUUAUUACUUUCCCAGUUGCAUCAAGAGUAAACUUCUGUGCAAUAAUGUGCGUAAGUUGUGUAUGCGCUUGUUUUUGGUUGUGUGCUUUGGGUUUGUAGCCAUGUUAAUGUAGAUGCAGUGUGGAAAGGAUUACUUGAGCGAUGGAUUUCUUUUGCUUGUUUACAUAGGUGCAGCAGUAUAAUUAUACUUAAAUAUAAGGGAAAGUGAACAUGCACUCAUGGUGUUUGAUAUUGAUUAAUUAUUGCACAGAUGUAUUGUAGCACUAUUCCCCCCCCCCCCCCUCUGCCCCCCCACCCCCUAUGUAUCUUGUUUUGUACUUUAUUUCUACUUACAAACCUGGUGACAGAGAUUAGGGCUCUGUGAGUGAGCCCUGCGCAUUUACCCAACAUGGAAGGGUCACAAUAUCUGUAAACACUUGAGUUUGCAUUGAGCAGAGGUCCUCUUGUGUGAGGAAUGCUGCCCAAUUAUAAUCGGACAGGCUUCAGCAUGCUUAUUGGCUUGAAUACCGUGAAAGCUGCAGCAACCUAUCAAACAGUGCUUGAGAGACUGCUUUUUGCAUGAAGGUGCCAUGAAUUAUCAUUCUAGAGCUGGUGUAGAACUUUAUUUCUUGUUGCUUGCCACCAAGUGUGUCAUGCAUCGGUAGUGUAGUGAAAUUCCACUUUUCAGUGUUUCCAAGAGGUUUAUUUAUGUCAGAGUAUAGUAAAACGGAGUAUGCCUACCUGGGAAUCUCUCCUGCAGUGUUUUUAGCAUACGUAAGGCAGUGACGUUUUUACUUUUUAUUUGUUUUUUCUGUUUUGCCUUAGAUCCUAGAUCAUGUUUUUACUUAAUGCUUAUUGUUGUGCGGAAUCUACUCAAAUAUGAGGAAACACUUCUACUUGUGCCAUCAGGCUUGAAAAAAUUUGACAUAGUGGCUUGAAACCCAACCUAAAUAUAUACGAUGUAAGCAAGAAAUUGCAUUGUUUGGAUUAGUUUUUUAUGUAAGCUUGUUGCACAGGUAAGAAGGGUUUGUCCAUAUUCAGUUUUAGCUUAUUUGAAGAGGCAUAUUGUAUACACCUUUGAAGCCACCAAAGCACUGCAUGAAUUCCCUCCUUGUCUUUUACAAAGGAAUCAAUUUCGGCAAAGGGGCAUGGCGACUUACGUUAAGGGUUUGGAGUGAAAUCGUUUAUAUACGGAGACACAGUGUUUCGCACAUUCAGGCCAGUUUCAACAGAUCUGCUGCACAUAGCACAGCAAUUUGUCUUUUAUUGUACAUAUACUUUUCUUUUUUUUUGCUUUUUGCAUGUCAGCAUAAUUUAGUUGUACAAAUAUUUUGCCUACCAGCUGUGGAAUUUGUAUGACAUGCAAUGGCGGCUUGUAUAGCUUGUAAUAAACAUCAGCAUAAUAAACAUUGCUUUUCUGAACUGCCUCGGAA